GCUAGCGGCGAAAUUUGAAAUACAACGCGCUCACUGUGUCUGUGUCUACGGAAGGAUGAGGACAAAGGUGUAACAAGUCCGUCUCUAAAAAAGAAAAGGAAUAACUAAAGCGCAGAGAAAGGGUUUCCACCCAGGAGUUUAGUUUUACGAAUAAGGCUCCACAGAUACAGAACACCAUGGAGAUGGCUGUGCACAGUCUCCAGGGCUUAUAUGAUAAGCUGAUAACUCAAGUUGACCAUCUCAACGAGAACAUUGAACCCAACUUCAUCCAGAUGGCUCAAAACUUUGACGACUGGCGUCGCAGAUGGAUGAGGACAGAACAAGAACUGGGGUCCUACAAGGAGGUGCUCACCAAAACUGAGACGGAGAGGGGAGCCCUGGAGGUCAAACUGAAACAUGCCCGCAACCAAGUGGAUGUGGAGAUCAGGCGCAGGCAAAAGGCUGAGGCUGACUGCGAGAAGUUGGACCGCCAGAUUCAGUUGAUCCGGGACCUCUUGACGAGUGAGGGAUCCAGUAACAGCAUUCAGCUGAGUGCAGAGCAGCGCUCAGCUCUGGCCUUCUUGAACACAAACUGCCAUCAAGCUGCCAACCUGAACACAAGCCGAAAAUUGACCACCAUCGAUGAGUCUGCUUCAAUCUUGUCGGACAUUAGCUAUGACAAAACGGAUGACUCUCUUGAUUGGGAUUCCUCCACUGUGAGGACAGUACGCCUCAAGAAAAGAGAAAAGAGGCGCUCCUCAAGAAACCACGUUGACGGCCCUCCAAUGGCCUCCAAACGCUCCCGAUCAACAGGCAGAACUUCAGGACGAGCCCAGGGAAAUGAGACCCUCGUGACAAAGACCACAGUGACUGUCCCUCCAAAUGGAGGACCUGUUGAGGCCGUGUCUACCAUUGAGACUGUCCCUUACUGGACUCGCAGCAGGAGGAAGACUGCUGUGAUGGAGUGGGACUCUGAAUCCAUCCAGUCCGAGGAUGUGUUCAAGCAGCCUGUCAACCCUGACGGAGAGAUCAGAACACAGCCCAGCACUCCGCAGAGCCACGGGGGGGUCCGUCAUCACGAGUUUGUCUCCAAGACGGUCAUAAAGCCUGAGUCCUGUGUACCCUGUGGAAAGAGGAUCAAGUUUGGGAAGCUUUCACUGAAGUGCAGAGACUGCAGGGUGGUCUCACACCCAGAGUGCCGUGAUCGUUGCCCUCUGCCAUGCAUCCCCAACCCGUGCGCUACUCCGGUCAAAAUCGGGGAGGGUGUGCUUGCAGAUUAUGUCCCUGACACAUCCCCCAUGAUUCCUCCUCUCGUAGUCCACUGUGUCAGUGAGAUCGAGCAGAGAGGCCUGCACGAGGCUGGUCUGUACCGUCUGUCCGGUGCUGACCGCACAGUGAAGGAUCUGAAGGAGAAGUUUCUCCGCAGCAAAACUAUCCCCGUGCUCAGCAAGGUGGACGAUAUCCACGCCAUCACCGGCCUCCUGAAAGACUUCCUGAGGAACCUGAAGGAGCCUCUCCUCACCUUCCGUCUCAACCGUCCCUUCAUGGACGCAGCAGAGGUUUCAGACGACGACAACAGCAUCGCUCUGAUGUACCAAACCAUCAGUGACCUGCCGCUGGCCCACAGAGACACGCUGGCUUUCUUAGUCCUUCACCUGCAGAGAGUUGCUGAGAGUUUGGACACAAAGAUGGACAUCAGUAACUUGGCUCGAGUGUUUGGUCCAACCAUAGUUGGUCACGCAGUCCCCAACCCGGACCCAAUGACAAUCCUUCAGGACACCAAACGACAACCCAAGGUCGUGGUGCGUCUGUUGUCUCUGCCGGCGGAUUACUGGGGUCAGUUUGUGAUGGCAGAACCCGGGCAGCCCAACUUGGAUCACCUGAUCAUCGAGAAUGCAAACUGCUACGCCACCCCCGAGAGAAUGAGCAUGCUGGGACCUCUGACCACUCCAGAGCACCAGCUCAAUAAAACCCCCUCCUCCAGCUCCUUGUCUCAGCGCAUGAAGUCCUCUCUGACUCCCAGAUUCGGGAGCAAGAGCAAAUCAGCAGUCGGAUUUUCUCGCCAAGGCAAAUUCUUUUCAUCUCCACUCCUGAAAUAACCCCGUGCAGCUACACCUAACUCCUCGCUCACACUAAAAUAGCAUCCAUUUAGCCAUUCAUGCUUAACAAAUAACAUGGUACUGCUUUGAUAAUAGCUAUAAAUCCCCUUUUAUCUCAGUUUCCUACAUGUAAUCGUUUGUAUUCUGCUGAUUUUAUGUGUUUGUGGAAGGAUUUUUUAACCAAAUACUAACCUUUCUUAUCUAUGCACAUUUGUGUGUCUGUAGAGCUUCCUCUUAACGUUGAAUAAGACGUUCUCAGUUUACAUCAAAACAAAUGAGAAUGUGCUUCAUAGAAGUCUUUUUUGAAAAAUGUGUGCAUGGGUAAAAAGACUCGCUGUAUAUGCACACUUGUAAUCUGCGUAUAAAUUGAAUUAUCUCAACAGUUUUUCGACUCAUGUGUAACUCAGAAGUUGGAAGAUUGAUUCUUGAACAUUUCAUCCAAGGUUGUGAUUUGAAAGUGUGACUUUGUGUAACUUAAUCUUUUUAGUUUUAAUGUUUGUUUCUCACUUUGAGUUUUGAUGGUCGUCAUUCAUCCCGCAGUGAAUUGUAAUGUAAAUAUUUAAAAUUGCCCAUGCCCUUGUCUUUGUGAAAAUGUGACUCCAAACAGUAAUAACAACAAGAUCAUUAGGCAGGAUUUUCUCUGUCUUUUGCUAGAUUGAAUUAGUUUUAGCUUUUCAAAAUGUGGACAUCUUCACUGUGCAUGUUUAACAAUUCACCCCGCACUGCCAGCAUUCAUUGGGAAGAUAUUUCAAUGUUUUAUGUGUCAGGCUGUUAACUUUCCAGAAGCUAAAUGACCUGACGGUGUUUAUUGCUCUGUAAUAUUUGUACUUUGGGAGGCUACUCAUGAGAAAUGUCACAAAGGGCAAAUCAAUUGGCCAGUUCACUUACUGCUGUAUUAUGUGAUGGCCUUUAGCACAAACCUUGUACACAAAUACACACUUAAAGUUUCAUGUAAAUUAUAAAAAUACUUUUCCAACCUCUAAAA